UUUCGCACACAAGUCGCUGUUUCUUCAACGUGCUCGCGUUAAUUGACGAAUCACAUCGCGCACUUGAUCAUAUUGGAGAACAAUUAGGACUGAUGAAUAAAUUUAUAUUGAUCUUCAAGGUCGUGGUCAUCGCAAGGUCCGAUCCACAUUCGCCGGCCAAGUUGGUGGAUUUGAAGUGAACUCCAUUGCAUACACGCUCGUUGUUCCUGACCCGUCGUGCGUACAUCCCUUUUUUGUGGGAACAUGAACAUCGUGGUGUUCUUUGAACUCGUGGGAAACGAGAGCCUCUACCGCGCGCUGCCUAAAGCGAAUCCGCGCGUGGACGCGCACAUCGUCACCAUUCUCUCGAGACUAUCGACUCUUCGUGAGAACAACAUCGAAGUAAUGGACAGAAAAGCACCCAUGUCGAUCGAGGCUCGAAGUUUGGAACUGUGGAGAGCGGUCGCCGUCGAGUGUCUGGCCACCUUCCUCUUCGCCCUGGUGGUAGCCGGCGCCGCAGCUGCCUCCGCUGUGUCCGGAAGCGGACUCUCGGUAUUAGCCACCGCCGUCGCUUCCGGCUUCACCAUCGCCGCAAUAUCUCUGAUUUUCAGUCACAUAAGCGGUGGACACGUGAAUCCAGCGGUCUCGGUAUCGUUCGCUUUGUGCAGACGGAUUUCUCCACUUCGAGCGGUGCUCUAUAUAGCGGCACAAUGCGGUGGUGGCAUAGCUGGCGCGGCGAUGCUUUACGGAGUGAGUACGCCUUCAAAUACGCAAACCCUUACAUCCUCUGGUCGGCUGGGAGGUUCAAUCGAGAGGCUCUUGGUCGAGAUAGCACUGUCGGUAUUUAUUGUGCUAGCCCACUUAUCUGCGGACUCAUCUAGAUCACUACCUCCUGCGAUUUCUUCGAGAGCUUCCGCAGUUUUGGCCGCAGCUUACACAGCAGCCACUCUUGUUUCGAGUCCUUUCCUGAAUCCAGCGCGCGCGUUGGGCCCGGCCUUCGUGAUGAAUCGCUGGGACAAUCAUUGGGUCUACUGGGUAGGUCCUCUGUCGGGAGGCGCAGUUGCGGCUUUGCUUCACGAGUACGUUCUGAGUCCUAAACGAACAAAGGACUCGCGAGAGAUGGACGACGGUGACAACUCGUCUAUGAGAUCCGACGAGGACACGUACGAUGAUUUGGACAAACCCACCGGUCCCAAAUUUCCCGGUGCUUACGCGACCUAUCGUCCGGUCGCCGGCGCGUCGUCCUCGAUUUACAGCGCGCCGCCGUCAGCGUUGGAGCGCGUCGAGUCGAUCUACGGCGGCACGAAGUCGCUCUACUGCAAAUCGCCGCCGUUGACACGCGCCAAUCUGAAUCGUUCGCAGAGCGUUUACGCGAAAUCGACGUCGGGUCCGCGCGACGGUCUGAUAAUUCCGAAACCGGGCCCGUUGCUGCCCGCGCAGAGCCUCUAUCCCAUCAGACUUGGUCAGAACGGCUGUCAGAACGGUAAUCGCGAGAACCAAACGAUCGGCGGCCUGGGCGGUCCGCCGAAUCAGUCGUCGCAGAAUCACAACAGCACCAAUCAAAAUAUGCAGAAUCAACUUCAACAAUGCACGCAGAGCAUCUACGGCAUCCGCGGGAUCUCCACGAGUCUCAGCACCCGAGAAAACGGUAUCUACGGCGUAUCCACUGGUUCCAGCGUCUACGGACGCGCACCGGCGCCUCCACCAGGUAGUCAGAACUCUCAGCAGUCCGUUCAGAACGGUCAGUCCUCGAUGCAGAAUCAUCCGCCGCCGCCACCACCGCCGCAACAGCAGCAGCAACAGCAGCAGCAGCAACAACAACAGCAACAGCAGCCGCAGCAGCAGCCGCAACAUCAAAACGGACCGUUGUCCAGCAAUUCCGAUAACGGUGCGAGUUCAAGACGACCCGAGAGCAUGUACGGUCACGUGUCGCGACGCAGCGACGAUUCCGCGUACGGCAGCUAUCAGAGUUCUACCCGAGGUAAUUACGGCAAGGUAUCGGGACCGCCGAACGGACCGCCCCAGUAUCGCGAUCAGGGAAGACCGAGUCCGGCCGGGCCUCUUCAGCAAACUCAGAGCGCGCAGAGUAAUUUCCAAAGAAACUCGCCGAAUCCUCAGUAUUGACUAUAACUUAUAGAAAGUCAAUGAAAAACCAAACAUUUGUGAUCCGUGUGAUCGUCGUAUUAUAUCGCCUAUGCACAUCGAUGAGAACGAAAUAGAAUGUCAAUCAAUAAGUUAAAAAUCUUAUAUUUCAGUUGUGCGUGUGUGUGUGUGUGUGUGUGUGUGUGUGUGAGAGAGAAAGAGAGAGAGAGAGAGACUUUCUUUGUCCCGAAUGCGAGCUUGUAUAUUUAGUCAGAAUGUCAUCACCAAGAUAUUCGCAAUGGCCAGUUCUCUGGAAUACAUUUUUGUAUUUAAGAAUCUUCUAUACUUUCUUUAGCGAAACUUGAUUAAGACACUAGCGAAGUAAGGUGAUUAAUUGCGAUUGAAAUUAAUUAAAUUAUUGUUUUUUUUUUUGUGGCUUUCAUUUGCUGCUUGCAAGCAAACUUUUAUACUUAAGAGUAGAUACGUGUACAUAUGAUUGUAAUAUCGUCCGCAGUAGACAUGAAACAUGCCUUGUGUAUUGUGUGUUUCUGCACGAUGUAGUACAGGGCAGCGGCGUAAACGCCUUUAACACGAGGUUACACCGACUGUAACUGCCUCAGUUUUAAAUACCUUAGCCACGAAACUGUGUGAACUUUUUUAUUACGCGAAGGAGAUUUCACGCCGUAAUUCACUGCCGUAAAUUGAACCGCGACUUGAUCGAGGAAUUUCAAAGUACUCUUUUAUAUAAUUAAUAUUUUAUGAACUUUUUUAAAUGUUUUUUUUUGUAAAAGACGACGUAGUUAUCGGAUGUAGCGGAGAAGAAGCGUAGAAAAGUGUGUCAAGAUGUUAAACUAGAAACUUUUUUUUAUCAAUAAGAAAUUAAGUUAUUUUUUAAUGUAAAAUUGAAAUGCAUAUAACUUAAUUACUCUGUAUCAUUAAGUUUUCAGAGAGUUUGUAGAAAAUUUCGUCGAGAGACUCGUCAAGAAGUGACGAUAAAUGAAUUUGUACAAGAUGUGAAACUUUCGCAAAACCGCUAAGAAGAACAUGAUAUAUAAAUGUUUUGUAUAUAUAUAUACGUUAUGUGUGUAUUUAUUAAUGCGUAUUAUAAUAUAAACGUACUUGUAUAAGUUUGAUCAUUGUUAUACAUUCGCAAAUGUAUGCGCACCGGGGCCGUGUCGUUGAAUCGUGCGCAACACGUGUUUUACUUUUUUUUUUAAAUUAAAAAAAUAAAUCGAUUGUGUAUCACCCGCCCUGUAUAUAAAUGUAGUAGGUAUGUAAACAAAAAUGACAAUAAA